AGAGCCUCCAGAGAUUAAAGAGGAACAGGAGGACGUCCAUAGCAUUCAGGAGGGAGAACAGCUUGGACUGAAGCAGGAGACCAAUCCUUUUAUGUUGACUCCUACUUAUGAGGACAGUGACCACAGUGAACCAGAACCAGACAGUGACCAGCAGCUCCUCUCUCACAGCUCUCCUGUAGCUGAGAGCCAGGAUCAGAGAGGAAACCAGCAUGUAGACUCAGGAUCAACCAGUCACAGUAGCAAGAUGGACAACUGUCCUAUGUCACAGACUGACUCUGAUCCUACCAGAGGUAACAAGUCCUUCAAAUGUGACACUUGUGGGAAAGAUUUUAAGUGUAAGUCGAUAUUGAACCGACAUUUGAAAAUCCACACAGGUGAGAAGCCGUAUAUUUGCGACACUUGUGGGAAAGGAUUCAGACAGAGAUCACAAUUAAAUGUUCAUUUAACAGUCCACACAGAUGUGAAGCCAUAUGUUUGCAACACCUGUAGGAAAGGGUUCAGGGUGAGCUCAGACUUGACUACCCAUUUAAGAAUCCACACAGGUGAGAAACCAUAUGUUUGUGACACUUGUGGCAAAGGAUUCGGACGGAGGACACACUUGACAAAUCAUUUAAGAAUCCACACAGGUGUGAAGCCAUAUGUUUGCAACACCUGUGGGAAAGGUUUCAAGCAGAGCUCAACAUUUAAUACUCAUUUAACAAUCCACACAGGUGAGAAGUCGUAUGUUUGCAACACUUGUGGGAAAGGAUUCAGAGUGAGCUCAGAUUUGACCAACCAUUUAAGAAUCCACACAGGUGAGAAGCCAUAUGUUUGCAGCACUUGUGGGAAAGGAUUCAGGGUGAGCUCAGAUUUGACCACUCAUUUGAGAAUCCACACAGGUGUGAAGCCAUAUGUUUGCAACACCUGUGGGAAAGGAUUCAGACGGAGGUCACACUUGACGAUUCAUUUAACAGUCCACACAGGUGAGAAGUUAUAUGUUUGCAACACCUGUGGAAAAGGAUUCAGUCAGAGAUCAGCCUUGACUACUCAUUUAAGAACCCACACAGGUGAAAGGCCAUUUCUUUGCAAUACUUGUGGGAAGAGUUUCACACGGAGCACUGUUUUGCGGGUCCACAUGAAGGUCCACACAGGUGAGACAUAGGGUAGUAAGAGUGUGAGAUUUUCCUAAUAUGAUAACCGUCUUCGAAAAUAUCAUGGUUUCACAGUAUCAUUGUAUAACAUAUUACAGCAUUACUGACCCCGUUCAGGGACUAAGCGGUAGAAAAUGAAUGAAUGAAUUGAUAUCAGGGUCUGAAAUUAACACCCACCAGUCGCCAAAGUGGGUAGUUUUUCCAUUAAAUAUAGAUUUAGAUUACAACACAUAUUAAAUCUUUAACGCUUAAUUUUUGCUCUAAUAUUUUACCCCAAUAAACAAGAAAAUUGUCUUUUGGGUCCUUUACAUUUAUUUGACAAUUAUGAGUAGAAAUUUACACAUAGUGAAAUGAAUCCUUUAAAAAUGUAGUGAUAAAAAACAAACAGUACCAGUCCAGAGGUAAUAUGUAAUAGAGUAGUUUGUAGUUCACACAUAGAUAUUAUUUGCAGUAGUCAUGUAAGGGUGAGCUACAGUAAGUGUUUAUAUAAGCUUGGAGAGAUCCAUUUCUCUUCUUUGAAGUGUUUGGAGAUGCUUGUGCAUGGAGACCAUGGGAACUAUUCACUGAUAGCUUGCUCAAGCAAGAAUAUCUUGGCUUGUGUCCUCCUUGUUUAAUUUAUUGGUAAAUAAACAUAACUGCUGUGUUGUAUAAAAGAAAGUAAAAAGAAAUUUAUGCAUUGAUUAUGA